ACCUCCUGCUGCCUUCCUCACUACUCGAACACCAACUCCCAUCCCUAUUCCUACUACUUGUGACAACACUCCCUUUGUUAUCUCCAUACCAUUUCAGCUGCUUCCCCUCUACCGGUGCCAUCAUGGCGUUAUCUCUUCUCCUGCUAGUAUGCUCUUUGAUGGCCGGUGCCUCUGCAGGCAACUUCGACCAGGAUUUCCAGAUCACUUGGGGCGACGAGCGUGCAAAGAUCCUCGAGAAUGGGCAGCUCCUUACCCUCUCCCUUGACAAACCCUCUGGCUCCGGCUUCCAGUCCAAGAACGAGUACCUCUUUGGCAAGAUUGACAUGCAGCUGAAACUAGUGCCCGGGAACUCAGCUGGCACCGUGACUGCCUACUACUUAUCAUCACAAGGACCAACCCAUGAUGAGAUCGACUUUGAGUUCCUCGGAAACCUCAGUGGAGACCCUUACACCCUCCACACCAAUGUGUUCAGCCAGGGGAAGGGGAAUAGGGAGAUGCAGUUCCACCUCUGGUUUGAUCCCACCAAGGACUUCCACACCUACUCCAUCCUCUGGAACCCCAAACAUAUCAUCUUCAUGGUUGACGGCAUACCGAUCAGAGACUUCAAGAAUAUGGAGUCAAGGGGUGUUGCGUUUCCAAGGAACCAACCAAUGAGGAUCUACUCUAGCCUCUGGAAUGCUGAUGACUGGGCCACGCAGGGUGGGCGCAUCAAGACUGACUGGACCAAUGCCCCCUUCACAGCCUCGUAUAGGAAUUUCAAUGCUGAUGCCUGCAUUUGGUCCUCUGGAACCUCUAAUUGUCCUUCAACUAGUACUGCUUCGGCCAGCAGUGACUGGUGGAAUCAGGAGUUGGAUUCCACAAGCCAAGAAAGGAUGAGAUGGGUGCAGACAAAUUAUAUGAUCUACAAUUACUGCGCUGACCUAAAGCGUUUUCCCCAGGGCCCACCUCCAGAGUGCUCUGCUGCCUGAAAAAAAUGGAAAUAGAGGACCAUCACACUCAUUCUUUCGUUCAUUAGUUCUUUAUUGUGUAUUUUGUCCAUGGAUGCAGGACAGUAUGUAGGGAAUUAUAUCCUCCAUGUAAAUUGAUGCCACAAAUAAAAACAAUAGCAUCACGUAGAGUUUUCAUUAUCAUUCAGAAGGAACUGAGCUAUUUCUCUACACAGGAAUAUAUAUUUUAGACAGAAGGGGGAUCAAUUUGAAAGUCAAUAUAAGUUCUUGGAUCAAAAAGAAGAAUGUAAACUAAUUAGUUCCAAGUAUUCGCAA